AUGGGAUCAGUUGAAGAAAUCAUUAAAGAAAGAGAAAGAUAUAAGGAACUUAGUUUUCAAUAUAAGAAGAAAAUUAAUCAAUUAAAUUUACUAAUUAAACAACUUGAAGACCAAAUACAAAUUGUUCAAGAAAAAACAAGAGAAAGAAUGACACAAUUAAAGGCUAAUGAAAGUAGAAUACUUGAAGCAGGUAAAAAAGAAGAACAAAGUGAUAAUAUUACUAUUUUAAAAGAAGAAUUAAAUGUAUUAUGCAAACAAACAAAUAGUUAUGUUUCUCUUUAUCAAAAAAAGAAAGAAAAUUAUAAAAAAGGAUUAAAAAUUGUAAAAGAAGCAUUUGAAGAAAGAUUAAAAGAAAUUUAUACUAUUGGGGAUGAUAUAGAUAAACGUAUUAAAAGAUCAAAAAGUAUGCCAUUUUUAUUUUUUAAAGAAGAAGAAGAAGAUUUUGAAGAAGAUUUUGAAGAAAUCAAUGAUGUAGAAAUUAUUGGAGAAGAUGAUGAACAAAGUCAUGAAGAUGAUAAUGAAAAGAAAAAUAAUAUAGAAAUAACAGAAAUAAAUCAAUCAGAAAAAUUAUCUCAAACAAAAAUUAUUGAAACAACAAGAAAACCACCACAUUCAUUAUUAAUGUUUGCAACAAAUUAUCUUACAGAAAAAAAAAAUCUUCAUUUAGCAGAAGGAAAUGCAUUUAUAAAAUCACAAGAAAAAUAUGAUGGAGUAGGUAUUAUUCCAUUAGAUUGUCCAUGGUAUAUUUGUUAUUUUAUGGGAAGACCACAAGCUCAUUUUGUUUGUACAACACAAAAUGGACCAUUAUUAUUAUCAUUAACAACAAUUAAUGAUCAAAUGGCACCACCAGGAAAAAAAGGUGGAGUGAUGGCUAUUUAUCGAUCAAAACAACAAGAAAUUAAAAAAAUUAUUCCAUUUGGACUUAUUGGUAAAACAGAAAAACAAAUUACUGUAAAUCAAUUAAAAUCAAUUGUUCCUAUUGUUUUACAAAGUAUGGAAAUUAAUAUUAAACAACAAUUUAAACCAUUUAAAAAAGCUAAAUUAGAUAUAGAAUUAAAAAAUUAUGAAACAUCUCAAGGAGGUAUUGAUUAUAAAUUUGGAUUACUUUAUUGUAAAAAAGGACAAACAACAGAACAAGAAAUGUAUGAUAAUACUGAAGAUAAUAAUAUAUCUAAUGAAUAUAAUGAUUUUAUUAAACUUAUUGGUAAUAUUAUUGAAUUAAAAGGACAUAAAGGAUUUAGAGCUGGACUUGAUGUAAAUUCAAAUACUACAGGAAUUAAAAGUGUAUAUACUAUGUUUUAUUCAUCAGAAAUAAUGUUUCAUGUAGCUACUAUGUUACCUCAUGUUAUUCAAGAUGAACAAAAAACUGAAAAAAAAAGACAUAUUGGAAAUGAUUUUUGUGUAUUAAUUUAUAAAGAAGGUGAUGAAAUUGUUGAUUUAAAUUCUUUUAAAUCUCAUUUUAAUAGUAUUUUUGUUAUUGUUAAAAAGAUUCCUUCUGAACUUAUUAUUGAUCAUUCUACUCAAUAUCUUGUUGAAACUUGGAGAGGAAAUGAUGUUCCUGAAUUUGAACCAUAUCUUCCAAUUGAAGGUUCAUAUAUUCCAAAAGAAUUUAUUAGAGAAUAUCUUCUUUCUACUAUGAUUAAUGGACAAAUUGCUUCUUAUUCUGGUUCUGAAAUGAAACCAAAAAUGGUUCAAGCUAGAGAUAUUUGUUUGAAGAAUAUUGUUUCAACUAAAUAA